AUGGAUCCAACAGACUUAUCCCUCUCCGAUUUUCAAUCCCACGAGCUCCGCCGCAUCACCGAUCCUGGCGCCAUUCUACUCACCGUAGUGGCGCGGGCAACGGAAAUCGCCGUUGCAAACGAACCCGCCCGCGGCAGCAGCGGGUGGAGGAGAAGGACGAUCCGACCGUUUUCCAUCCGCCGCCGAAUCGCACCGCCGGAGCCCGUUCGCGGCGCCAACCCGGCGAAGAGGAGAAAGCUCCUCGGCCGGGGUCUUUCUCCGGCCGAGGGCUUAACCAGCAUGAUCCGGCAGCUUUCUCGGCGGCGCGACGUUUCCCCGCCGCCGCUGCCGAAGCUUGUGAUACAGAAGCCGCUGUGCCGCACAGACGUGAGCUCCCAUCACAACCGGCUGUCCAUCCCGAUCUCCCAAACCGACGACGGUUUUCUCACUGAGGCGGAGAAGCAGCGCCUCCGCAGCGGGAACAAGCGGUCGAACCACAUGAAUGUUAAGAUCAUGGCUGCGGCAGCGGCAGGGGAGCUGUCGACGGAGACCGUGAAGCUCUCCCGGUGGGAUAUGCGGAAGGGGGAAGGCAGGAAGACGUCGUCGAUUUACGCCAUCAAUGGUAAGUGGAAUGCUUUUGUUAAAAAAUAUAAUCUCACAGAGGGGAUGGUUGUGCAGCUGUGGUUUUUCCGGCUUCGGGAGGAGCUGUGCUUCGCGCUCGUGCAGCUGCCCGAUUCGUCUGCCUGA